CUUCACUUGAGUUUUGUCCGCAGCUCGGUUCAGCACGGCUCUGUCUCUGCACGAGCACGGAUCCAUGAGGAGCGCUCCGGAGCUCUGACGCCGCUGACGCGCUGCGAGCCUCGGACUCAUUUACACCGAGUUUAGUCCCUUUCCCCCGGGCAGUCCGCGCUCACGCCUCGCUCCGUGUGCGGAGGAUUUAAAGCGCACACUUUUCUCAAACACCGGUCCAAAAUGUGCCAAAUGCGCGCGCAGCUACGGGAGAUGGUGCGGCUGCGGCUGGACGCAGCUGCGGAGGAAAUCUUUGCGCUUUUUGAGAGAAUUUUAGCGGAAUACGAAGAGGAACUGCGCAGAGCCACAGAGAAGCGACACGAGAAGCGACACGAGAGGGGACAGGAGCAGAGACACGAGCAGAGACACGAGCAGAGACACGAGCAGCGAGCCGAGUGUGCGCCAGAACCGCAGCAGACAGCGCCAGCUGCUCAAACCCAUAAUGUUCCUGAAGAAUUCCCUCUCGACGUUCCAAACCCGAUCGACCUCGUGAUCAAACAGGAGCCGGAGGAACUCGGAGAUGACAUUGUGGAGAUCCAGGUUCCGUCUCUGCCCUUAAAGAAGGAGAACGCAGAGGAAGCGAAGGCUCUGGAGGGCGACACGGAGGCUAUCGACCUGACCACGGGGGAGGAGGGCCGGAGGAAGAAGCCCCACUCAUGUCCCAUCUGCGGAAAGAGCUACAGCUGGAAGUCCCACCUGGAGAUCCACCUCCGAGUACACACGGGGGAGAAACCUUUUGGCUGCUCAGUCUGCGGAAAACGUUUCACCAAAAAGAUGUACCUGGUCAUUCACUUGCGCCGACACACGGGUGAAAAACCAUUCAGCUGUUCAGUCUGCCACGACCGCUUCAUCUCCAAGGACAGUGUGAUGAAGCACAUGAUGGUGGUGCACCCGGGCCUGUGCGCGGUGAGGAGCAGAGCCAAGCACAGCUGUGGAGAGUGUGGGAAAGCCUUCACAUCGCGCUCACACCUGGAGAUGCACCUGCGUGUCCACACUGGAGAGAAGCCAUUCCAGUGCCCCGAGUGCUCCAAAAGGUUUACCCAGAAGGCCACGCUGCUCGGUCACAUGACGAGACACACGGGGGAGAGGCCUUUCAGCUGUCCAGUUUGUCAAAAGAGUUUCAGGCAGAAGAACCACGUCCAGAAACACAUCAACAUCCACCUGCGGCAACUCAGCCAUGAACAGCUGCAAGGUCUGCUCACCUCUGGACAGCUACAGGGUUCCUCGUCUGGACAGCUGCAGGGUUCCUCGUCUGGGCAGUUGCAGGGUGCUUCCUCUGAGCAGAUGCAGGGUUCCUCGUCUGGACAGCUGCAGGGUUCCUCCUCUGGACAGCCCAUGUUCCUGUAUCCACGUCAGGAGUACAGCGCCCCCUCCGUCCACAUUUUUAAUUAUAGCACUUAGAGCUUUUUCAAACGUUUUUGAGCACUUGAACGUUCUGGGCCCAUACUGCACCACUUUCUGAGGUUCUGAUGUAGUUUCAUCAUCAGAAACACACCUGGAGUUGUGUUUUGUUUCAUUCACAUAUGUUUAACACACAAAGCUGCACAUUUAGGCUGAUUUACACUUCUUCUCUCAAUAAUGCUCCUGACAUCUUCACUAGAAUCAUUUGGAUCAUUUCAGCCCUGGAACUGUUAAUCUUUACUGAACUAAAGGUAAAAGGAGCUGUUCACUUAAAAACUACCACUUCAUGACAUCACAAGGUGGAACAGAGCGUUUUGAUCUUUGGAGAUGCAGACAGAUUAAUAAAGAAUUACUCAAACAUGUGUGAAUGAAACAAACACAACUCCAGGUCUGUUUCUGAGGAGGUCUCAGCAUUAGAACAUGAUGUAAACACAUUUCAAGAACAGGAUGUGGAGGGAAAAACACUGGGAAUCAAACUUGGAACGGUUUUCUGUUUUGUGCGUUUCUGUAAAGUGGAGCUCAGACUAAUAAGUGUUCAUGAACAAGUGCCUAAAAUAAGGUUAAAGUUUUGUAAAUGUGUCUCUGCAUUUGACCCGUCCUUCAGUGGGCCAUAUCUGAGCUGGAGGAUUUGUCAUUACUCGAUUUUUGUCACGUUUUUUCACACUGAGCAUGCCCAGAUCCUCUGAGGCUGAAGCUGCUUUAGUCACCGUAGUUUGGACAAAGCUCAUGUUUGACACUGAUUGACCCUUGAAUCUAAAGUGUGUUACUGAUAAAUGGUCCGUGUACCAUGUGUUCUUUUCAUUUCAAAUAAGAACAAAAAACAAUAAAAUGGGAAAACACUUUAUUUCAUUUUUCCAUUUUAGUGUCAAACAAAAAAACAGAUUUUGACCUCGAUUUCCAAUAUUUAAUUUAAAGUUUAUUUCAAGGCUUGGUGCCUAUUUUAAUUUUGAUAUUUUAUUUUCUCUGCUUUAUUUGCCCUGGAGGUUCUGCUGCUUGAAGGACUCACCUGAGAAAUGGUUGCAGUUUUGUGAACAAACAUGUCUCUUCUUUUAUAGCGACGCGUUUACUUUCACGUCGUAGAAAGUCGUUGUUGAACUCCACAACGAGAAACAGGAAGCGGAGAUAAACUCUCCUUUGUUCAUUUGACGCCACAGAACUAGAAUAAAAAUAGUUUUUUACAGAUCUAUGGCUGAAACUGCAGCAGAACAUCUGGGGCAAAUAAACCAGAAAAUUAAAAUAGACAGCGAGGCUGUUUUUUUGAUUGGUGUUAUUGGAACUAAACUUUAAAUUAAAUACUGGAAAUGGAGGUCGAAAUGUUUUUUUUUCUAAAGUGGAAAAUGAAAUAACACACUGUUUUCCCAUUUUAUUGUUUUUCAUUCGUAAAUUGAAAUUCAAAAGAACAAAUGGUACGUGGACCAUAAAUCUCUGUGCUCUGUGUGUGUUCGAGCAGGAUGUUCAUUUGAAGCUUAAAGAAAAGCUCUAGCUGGGAUUUCCUUUAUCUUUAAUCGAAUGAUCUUAAGUGUGUUUUAGGAGAGUGAGUAGUUCAUAUUCACGUUAAAACAGUUGUGUUUCAAAGGCACACAUGUCGGAUAAUAAUCGAUUUAGUGUGCACGUUUUUUGUUGAGUUCAAAGGUCAUGGUUUAUUUCAGUGCUGCAGCUUUGUCAGAUAUAAUCUUUGUAAAGUUUGUGAUGUGUUUGUGACUUGGGGAUGUAACGAUUUCCAAAUCUCUCACUACAACAUUUUCAUCAUAUUCACUGAGGCCAAGGCAAUCGUGAAUAUGCAACUUUUCUGUUAUUUCUUUUCAAUAAUUAAAGGUGCACCGUGUGAUUCGUCUGCUGGGAGGUUCAUCACCUGCUUGUCUCCAUCUAGAUACACUAGAAUGUUUCACAGUGUGACCAUAAACAUUAAGAAUCUCCUAGAGACUUCAAGCCAAAUUACAGGUUACACCUGUGGAGAGGCGACCCCACUCACAGUAAGAAUGAGGGUUUCUGAAGAUAUUUUUGAGCAACAAAUAUCACCUGUAGCUGAAUAAAUCUAAGACAAAUUAGUUUAAUGCCACACUGUGGACCACUGAAACCAAAGCAUUAAAAUCCGUCACACAGAGCGCCUUAAAAUAAAAUAAAACAUGUAAAAACACACACUUCACCACUUUAAAUUACAUUACAAAAAAUCAAUCAAUACAAAAAGAAAGCACAGCAAUAAUAAUGGCCUGGCUCACUGCGGAGCUGCACAAGGAGGAGGAGUUUUCAUUUGUUUGAAAGUCUUGGAGGAUUGAGUGGAAACUGAUAAAAGGUUUCCUAUGUAACUAUAAUCUUCAUUUUAUUAGUUAAUCUAGGUGCAUUUUUCCAAUGAUGUCAUUUACUAAACCAAGACUAGAAGUUUUAUUGUUUCGGUUUCGGUUGACAUAUUUGUAUUUUUUGCUGAAGGGAGAGAACAGAAUCGUGCGUGUGUCGUUAUCAGAACCUCUGUGCUUAGAUAUGUCCAACUUUUUCCUUUGAAAUGCCCCCACAAGACUUUAGUUUUAUCAUCACAGACUGUGUAAGUGGCCUGUCACCCACAGCGUUCAGCUCCAAACUAAACUCAUCAGGCCAGCAGAUACACGGUGAAUUUGGAGCUGAGUUCCAUUUGGAACAGGAAUUGAUUUAUGGACAAAAUAGUGAAAUAAAAACCCCAGGAUCAUUUAGAGCAGCUUAAUGUGAACAUUUUCAGACUAAAAUGAGGAGCCUGACAGAGAGAAGGGCACAAUUUUUCCAAUAGAAAGUGAAUCAGACACACUGUGGAUGGAGCCAAAUUCCAGCCGUACUCACGUCCUGUUUGGAACGAGGCAGCUAUGUUCAUUUAAAUGGUAAUUGAAUUCAAAUUCAAAAAUAAUUAAGAUCUGAAAGUGACAGCUGUUUUUUCUGUAGUCUGCAGUGAAACAGAGCAAAGGAUCAUGGUCUAUGUAGUUCUCUCAGUUUUUUGUUUGUUUUUUUUUUAAGCAAAGAAACUUGUGGUUGGAUUCUUAGUGAUGUUCCAUGACAGAGUGAGACUCGUGACGAUUCCACAUCAUGGUAGUGUCUCUAUUACAGUUACAUCCCUGUCACCAGUGUUAAAAAUACUUUGAGAAUGUGUUUAGUUACAGAAUACUCAAUACUGCAGUAACAGUUCUAGUGUAUUGUGAAUACUUAAAAUACUUUUCCACAGAGGUAUAGUGUAAAGGUGCAUUAUAAGUUUAAAAACAGCUUUGUGUUUGCUUCACUGUUCAACAGCCACACGACAAGAGCACUGUUUGUUUUUCGCACUAGUCGUGUGCACUCUGAAGUCUAAAUGAUCAAAUACUAACAUGUACGACUACAAUACUGACAAGUAUUUGCAGCUGAUGUGGAUGUGAAGGUAGCUGUAGGCACUGGUCUGUCUGAACCUCUGUUAGACUUUAAUCAGAGUUUUGUUUAAACACAUGACCAUAAAGAAUAAUAAAAGAUAAAGUGUCACACAAAAUCGCCAGCAUUAGCCCAGUUUUUCAGUUAGUCACUUUUAAAAUUGAAAAUCAAACUCCUGAACAGGACCAUGAACACUCGGGCUGAUCACCAGCUCCUGAAAAUGUGCUCUUUAAAUCCAUUUAUCUUCAAACUUUUAACAGUGUUUGUGUCAUUGUGUUGCCAUGGGAACAUUCCACCUUUAGAGAUACAUGUCGAACAGGAAGUGUAUGAAUCCCUCCAAACCAAAGAGCGACUGUACAUGUGUGUUCUGAAGCUGGAUUCUCGGCACACGGGGCCUUCUCAGGACUUGGAUGGAGACACUGGGAAUCCCAGGAGUCACAGUGGGACCAGCGCCAAAAACUGUCGUUGUGUCCUUAGGCAAAACACUUACUCACAUUGGCUAAAGUGUGAAAGUGGUGUGUGUGCGUGAGUGAUGGUGGGAGGGGCCGAUGGCACAGAUUGCUUCCAUCAGUGUGUCUGCCCCAGGGCAGCUGUGGCUACAGUAGUGGCAGCUCUGAGUGUGGAGUGAGUGAAUCAUGUUCUGCUGUGGGCAUCUUCAAGACGCUGUAGAAAUCCAGUGAUUCAUGAAUAAAAGCGAGUUAUUUCCAUAUUUCCAUCACUGACACUGUCACCUGAACUGCUGCAGGAGACGAGCGUCUGCUCAAACAGGUGUUAAAUCUUUUUUUUCUUAAAUCAUGAAAAAAAAUCUGUUGAAACUGUUUUUGUUUUGCUGUAAAACACAAUUUAGAUUUUUUAGAAAAGUUUGGCUUAUUUUAACUCAGGCUGAUGGUGUUUGUGUUUGCUCUGUUCACUCGUGGAUCAUAAAGGAAACACACAAGUCCAGACUUCUGUGUUUGAAAACUGCAGUGCCCAAUUUCUAGCAUCAUACUUUUACUUCUACUUUUUAACUCGAAGUAAUAGUACUCUUAUUUGAGUAAUCUAUAGUACAGUGUAACCGUACUCUUGUGUAAAAGUUGUGCUUCCUCCUCCCACUGAGUCUAAAGUGACAAUCUUUAUGUGAUGAUCUGAAAUGAUUUGAACAUUUGUUUCUUGCAGCUUCUUCAGAUCUGACUGAGUUUGUCUCUUGUUUGGGUUUAAUUUACACUGCACCAGAUUUAGUGCAGUAUAAAUAUUAUUUUCUUUGUUACCAAUAAAAUAUUUAUCAAUUUCAUGUUUUGUCCUUCAAAUAAAAAAAAUAUACAUUA